AUGGCAGGGCUGCAGCAACAAAGCAUUUGGGCUCAGAACGAGGAAGACGAAGAGAUAGCGAGGAAAUGGAAAGCAGAAGAAGAACGACUGCAACUGGAGCGCAUUAGGGAUAAAGGCGAAUGGAGAUCUGUGGAAGAGGUGAUGGAAGAACUGGCGCCGAAGCGGAAGAGAAUUGCUGGACCUUCCACCACAGAGGAGUCAGACGUGAUGGAAGUGAAGGAGAAAGAGAAGCCAAGGAUCACAGUCGGCAGCAAGCGAAAGGGCAGGAGCUGA